ACUGCGGGUGUGCACGUCAUCACUGCAGUGGCGCUGUGGCCACGCCCCCUCUGCAGUGUUCGGACGCAGCGCGACCAGGACCGAACGGAACCGGACGCUCCAGCGCUUCUUUCCUCCUGAAGCUGGCAUUUUGUCACCACAAGCAGGAUGGUGAUUAAUGACAAAGACCCCGCCCCUGCAGUGGGCGGGCUCUCUGCAGGCCAGCUGCAGUCCCUCCUCAAGAUGGAGCCCAAAACUCUUGGGGCCAUCCAGAUUGUUAUUGCAGCGUUGAUUCUGUGUUUGAGUGCGUCCAUGCUGCGGAUCCCUGAGGUCCACUUCACUGGAGACGUGGCUCUUUUCCUGGUUGUUGUCAUACAGGUGACCUUGUCUGGGUCGGUGUUAGUCCACUGUGGGAGGAGACCUUCUCUGUUCUGGGUGAAGGGUGUCCUGGUGCUGCAUUUGAUCAGCGUUGCCUUUUCCACCGCCGCCCUCGGCCUGAUGUCCAAACAUCUGCCGUACCGCCAGGACUCAUACCACUGUGAACACUGCCGCCGCCUGGAGCUCUACACUGUGCAGCAAUAUUGUUUCAGGAAAUGCACCGAGCUGACCGAGCAAAGGUGUAAACUGCUGAUUGAUGGCGUCCUGGUAACGCUGGUAAUCUUCCUUGUGCUGGAGCUGCUGAUCUGCAUCACUGCCAUGUUGUUUGGACUCAGCAUCCUCGCUGCCGGCGGGACUCAGGCGACCAGUCAGAGGCCGGCGUACCCACAGAGCCGCCCCCCAGUCACUCCAGCUGUACAGGCUGUCCAGGUUCCUGCAGCUGCAGCAGAGCCACAUGGACCUCAGCAGGUGGCAGUGUUUGUGACGGAGGCUGAUUCAGAGCAGAUAGACGAGGUCUCAACUCCACCCACUGAACCCCAAGUGGAGCCAAUAGAAGCUCAGCCUUGAUUGUGAUGUACUUCCUGUGUCAGCCUGCUUGUCCUGGUUAUCUUCACCCGCUUUGAUCAAAUAAUCAACUGGUGGAAAUCCUCCAACUUAGUCAAAUGUUUAGUCAGCAAAGUCCCCAAAAUACUUUAAAGAUAUUAAAGUUGUUGUAUUUUUGGCGUGAUAUGGACACAGUGGCACAGUUAGCAGUGACUAAGAUAUGCACAUUCGUUGUCAUUGUUUUGCAUCGUCCUCUUCCACCUUUCAAAUCAAAAAUAUCUGACUGUUGACACUUUUUGUCGUAGUUAUAAACUAACUUUCCUCUUAUUUUUUAAGGCUGUAAUCUUAGAGCAUAAAACACAUUUAUGAUUGCACCUGAAUUAUGUAACAAAGGGAAGAAAAAAAAUAAAAAGUGAUCACAUGA